AUGGCACCAGUCUCACACUUUGCCCUCGCAGCUCUCGCCAUCACAUCCGUAGCAGCAGCACCACUACUCCCAGAACCACCCAACUCCGCAGCCACACUCCAGCCCCGCGGCUGGAUCGAAGACCUCAUCGAGGAAACGAACUUCUUUGGCAAGUACGUGGGCAAGAAAACAGAAUACAAGACCGAGACCAUGUUGGAAGAUGCCCUCAAGGCGGAGAACAAGUUGAAGGGGCAACACGACAAGAGAGAUGCGAGCCCCCUUGAAAUGAUUCCUCCUCCUCCUCCACCUCCUAUCAUGAUUACAGCUUCUGCAGGCUUCAAGUUCUCGGACGUGUUCAACUGA